GAGUAGGCGUGACCCCAAAAUAGCUCUAGCUGGCUAAUGCAGGAGGAAGCCCGAUCCACAGAAUUUUGCUGCAAACGACAUUAAAACCGACGAAAGAAAUACGGAUAUAGGCGAUAAGACGCGGCAGGAGGUUUACCUGCGCCCCUUAGAAGUCUUCGCAAUGGCGACGGACAUACUAAUGGACGUGAUGCCGCCUUCCCGGCCUGUCCUAGCCUCACCACCUGUAUCCCAGGAUCUAAUUCCUAGCCAGGUGCCUGUGUUGGCUGAUCAACCUGACACAGAAAUGUCCUUGGAUCCAAGUCCUGCCACACAGCUUCAGCCUACAGACCUAGAUGUUGCCAAUGGCAUGCCCAGCCAUGUUCCUGGCCUGCCUCCCGGUUUCGAGCUGCCCCAGGUUGAUCUUCCACCUCCAACACCGCUGUCUUGCACUAAGAACCCCAACUGCAAGAUCAUGACCUUUCGUCCUACCAUGGAGGAAUUUAAAGAUUUUGCCAAGUACAUUGUCUACAUGGAGAGUCAAGGAGCUCAUCGUGCUGGUUUGGCCAAGGUGAUUCCGCCAGAGGGUUGGAAACCACGAAAAUGCUACGAUAGCAUUGAGGAAAUGGUGAUCCCGGCUCCCAUCAUGCAAGUGGUUACUGGUCAGUCAGGCCUUUUUACCCAGUACAACAUCCAGAAGAAGUCUAUGACUGUGAGCGAGUACCGCAAGCUGGCCAACAGCAAAAAGUACUGCACACCUCGCCACAAAGACUUUGAUGAUCUAGAGAGGAAGUACUGGAAGAACCUGACUUUUGUUUCACCCAUUUACGGAGCAGAUGUUAGUGGUUCUAUCUAUGAUGAGGAAAUUACAGAGUGGAACAUUGGCCACCUGAACACACUACUCGAUAUGGUGGAGCAGGAGUGUGGAAUUGUCAUAGAGGGUGUCAACACUCCCUACCUAUACUUUGGGAUGUGGAAGACCACCUUUGCCUGGCACACUGAGGACAUGGAUCUCUACAGCAUUAACUACCUGCAUUUUGGGCAGUCCAAGUCUUGGUAUGCUAUCCCGCCAGAACAUGGUAAGAGGCUGGAGAGACUAGCAAAAGGCUUCUUCCCUGGUAGUUCCCAGGGGUGUGAUGCCUUUCUUCGCCACAAGAUGACUUUGAUAUCCCCAUCCAUCCUGAAGAAAUAUGGCAUUCCCUUUGACAAGGUUACUCAAAAUGAAGGGGAAUUCAUGAUAACCUUUCCUUAUGGCUACCACGCCGGCUUCAAUCAUGGCUUCAACUGUGCAGAAUCAACUAAUUUUGCCACUCUACGCUGGGUCGACUACGGCAAAAUGGCUACUCAGUGCUCUUGCCGUAAGGACAUGGUCAAGAUUUCUAUGGAUGUUUUUGUGCGCUGCCUCCAGCCGGACCGGUAUAACAUGUGGAAACAGGGCAAAGACCUCAUAGUGUUGGACCACUGUAAGGUCACUGAGCUAAAUAGCCCAGAACUGGAGGGCUGGAGACAGCAUCGCAUCACAUUCAGAGCCAACCUGUUGCGGAAGGCCAUGCAGAAAAUGAAACAGUUCCGCCGUCUUAAGUUGGAUGAGGUAAAGGUACUGGCGGAAGAGGGCAUCGAGUUGAAUGCUGUUGAGUACCAACGCCAGGUGGAAGAGCGGGAAGCCCAACGAAGGCAAGAACGAGAGGAGCGUCUCGCCAGAGAGGCUAUGUUGACCCUUGAGGCCAUGGAGCUCAAAGAAAUGCAGGAUGCAGAAGCUGCUUCAAUAGCAGCUCAAACUUUAGCACUAGAGGACCCUGAGGCACCGAACCUGACUGACAAUGUGACAGAGGAUGUAGAAACUAAGAUGCAUAUAAAACCGAAGGAGAUUGCCAUGACUGGAUUUGAAGCAGUAUUUGAACAAUUUGCUGCAUCUUCCAUGAAAAAUUCAAAGUCUGCCUCGUCAGAUCAAACUGAGGAGAAGAAGCCUGUCGACGUGAAACCGAUAAAACCAGUUGAUAUCCCAACAGACAACAAACUGGAAGCAAAUUGCACCAUGGCAAGCUACAACAAGAUGAAGAUGCCAACAGAAGUUAAGAAGAGUCGUCGUCACCCCCUCACCAAGCCACCGACCCGGUCUCCUUUGUCUGUGGUAAAGCAGGAUCCGACUGGUGCUAUAGAGGUUACCACACCCAAGGCGCUGGAAAGCAGCAUGAAGAAACAGGAGCACCUGUGGCAGAAUCGCUCACGCAACUUCCUGGCAGAGAAGGCCUUUAAUGCCGCCGUGGCAGUACUCCAGCCACACUGUGCUGUCUGCUCCCUUUUCUGUCCCUACACAAAGCCACACCACGUACCCUUGAAUGCAAAUGAUCGCCAGCGCGUUUCUGUCCCCCGUCAUGGAAAUCGAACUCGUCCAAUCGUCCCAGAGAUGUGCUUUAGUGCCAGGGCGAGCAGCACUGAGCCUCCCCCCACUAGCCGUUACAUUGGGGAAGAUGGAACCAGUGUGUUAAUAUGCUGCUCUUCAUGCAAGAUGCAAGUUCAUGCCAGUUGUUUUGGUGUCGAUCCGGAGACAAUUGAAGGGUCAUGGACGUGCUCCAGAUGUGAGGCAGGUGCCUGGACAGUGGAGUGUUGCCUCUGCAACUUGCGGGGAGGAGCGCUGAAGAUCACUGUAGACAACCGGUGGGUCCAUAUUAUCUGCGCCAUUGCGGUGGCUGAAGCACGCUUCAUCAAUGCUAUUGAGAGGGAGCCAGUGGAUGUCAGUGCUGUUCCGGAAACGCGAAAAAAUCUGGUGUGCGUGUUCUGCCAUGGAAACACUGCCAAUAAGAACCGCGGUGCGUGCAUCCAGUGCUCCAAUGAGAACUGCACAACAUCUUUCCACGUUACUUGCGGCCAAAUUGCUGGGGUUCACAUGGCCCCAGCCGACUGGCCCUAUGUGGUGUCCGUCACCUGCCACAGACACAAAAAGACUUCUAAGCCUCAGCCUCAGCCUCAGCCUCAGCGUCAGCCUCAGCCUCAGCCUCAGCCUCAGCCUCAGCCUCAGCCUCAGCCUCAGUCUCAGCCUCAGUCUCAGUCUCAGCCUCAGUCUCAGCCUCAGCCUCAGCCUCAGUCUCAGCCUCAGCCUCAGCCUCGGAUGCCAGCCAAAAUACCCAAAACGCAGCAGGGUCCGACCCUGGGUCAGAUGGUCAUUGGCCGCAACACCGACAGCUGGUAUUACCAUUGUAACAUAAUCGGCAUUGCAACGCAAACAUUCUACGAGGUCAACUUUAAUGACGGUGCAUACUGUGACAACCUGUAUCCGGAAAACAUCAUAAGUCACGACUGCUUGCGUAAUGGUCCUCCACCGGCGGGGGAGUCGAUCGUUGUCAGAACUCAGGAUUGUCAGAACCGCAAUGCUAACUUUGUCAAAGUGCACAUCCACAAACUCUACCAGGUUGAGUUUCAGGACAAGAGUCAACAGCUGUUGAAACAUUCAGAGAUUCAUCUAAUGGAACAGGAAUUGCCCAAGAGAGUCCGGACACGUCUUGCAAUACCAAUGUCCCAGGAGAACACUUCCUCAGCAGACGGAGCUGGAGCGGCCAAACGUCGCUGCCUGCCCUCCCCCUCCACCCCACGCACGGCGGCCCCCGUGCAGACGACACCCGUCCGCCCCACCACCACCCCCAUGGAGACGGCGGCCGCCAUGCAGACGACACCCAUCCGCCCCGCCCCCACCCCCAUGGAGACGGCGGCCUCCGUGCAGACGACACCCACCCGCCCCACCCCCAUGGAGACGGCGCCCGCCCCGCAGAAGCCCCCGCCACCACAACCUAACAGUAUUGCCAAACUGCCAGCCUCACAGCUCCUAAGCCACCUCAGCGUGGCGUCCUCCGUGAACGGCGCCCCUACCAGCGUGAUUCAGGAGCUUCUUAACGCUCCCAUGGACACGAGCAGGGCCUUGCCUACCCCUCUGACGGACUCCACCGUGACCUCAGACCCCGCAUUAACUCUGAAUCCCAUCUCUUUCCAGUGCCAGUUGAACUCCGACCCCCUUUUGUCCGCACUGUCCCCGCCGCCAUCCCUGCCCCCGCGGCACAUAUCCGACAGCUACACGCCGAGCAGCGGCUACGUCUCCUACAUGGAGACCCUCCUGCAUUCUCAUUUCCCCCAGGACGAGGGCCCCGGGACCCUGUUUUAGGCCGCCAUGUUUUCCAGCCAGCACCAAGGGGAGGGACGCUAACGGCGGUGAGUGCUGCAUUAAUGGACACAAAAAUGUUGCAUCGUCUCUCAAAGCUCAGUGCUCCAAAAAGACAUGAAAGCACUCCUUUUUAAAGCAUGUUUCUUUUUUUUUUUUUUGAGUUGAUGUGAUUGAAUUGUAGCUUUAGCCCGCUCUGAAGCACACAUUUUCUAUUUCUUUCCCAAUAUUAUUGUUGUCCUUUGUAUUUUUCAGCAGGUUUUAUUUUGGUUCCCUGCAGUGCUUUUCUUUUCCCAUCUUAUUAUUAAUAUCUCUGGGUGGUAUCAACUCUGUACCUCGUUGCAUUUAUUCGACAACGGCACGUCUUUUGGGGGGUCAAGCAAAGCGAGUCUCUUACUGUCCCGCUGUAGAGGACAUCUUUCUUUUGUAAGACAAAGCAACCAGCAACAAAUAGAUCUAUUUUUCAGUCUAGCCACAUCACACAUAUGUUGUCCAUCUACUGUAAAGUGUUUUUUGUUAGCAGGAAAUUGGGCACUGGGGUUGAAAUGUAUUGUGGGUAUUCUCAGUAUUUAAAUGUCUUUGAUAUUUAAGGAAUGGUGAUAGAAGAAGCAUAUCCAAUGCAAACAUGUAGUACGAGUCCACGCCAUGCAUCGCAUUAUUGUGAAGGCUGUAGCAGGCCUCCUACGUAUAGAAUGGCUGUUACGCCACUCCCACUUUUCCACUUGCAAAUCUUGUCUCAGGGUUCCUACAUCCACAAGAACAACUUUGGAAUAACUCGCUCCGCUAAGGAUUGCUUGCUUUUGAUCGGAGCAGGAAUUGUUUGCGCCGGUUUAGAUGUAACAUAUUUCUCCUGUUAGCUCAAACGAUUGAACAUAGGAACCCAGAAGUGUGAAAUAUUGUUAAACAUUUCUCUUGUAUCUUUUUCCUAGUCCAUGAAGUCCACACAAACUUGGCCAUUUUAAAUACUAAUGAUUUUUUUUUUACAGGCUUACCUUGGAUGAUCACUCAAUUUGUAUCGAUUAUUAAUCUGUAUUUUUGUUUUCUAUGGCCAUUUUGAUCUCCGACUACUGAUGGACUCACUUUCUCCUUUUCACUUUGUACAUAGCAUCAAGUCAUUAGUGUGUAUCGUGAUUUAAAUCUCUAAAUGUCAAACAUAAAAUCUUAACCCCCCCCCAAACCCCACCCCACCCCUCUCACCACAAAUGUUGGAAUAAGUGGUUUUUGUGUCUAAAGUAAUAACCUUGAAAAAAAAAAUGUCAUAGAAAAUAAAGUGGCUUGCUAGUCGCCAGAUA